AUGGAUAAUCAACCCAGAACACCAAUGAAACCUAGUGGGAUCCCGCGGCCGGUCCCAAGAGCUUCCCGAUUGCCUUUGCCUACGUCCACCGCGUCAAAAUCGCUUAAACCUUCACCAUCGCGGGAAAGGUUGCAAGCAGAUCCAGGCCUUGACGCUACCAAGCUGCGCAGACCGUCCGAAGAUAUUGUGUUCAAGAAGCCGGCCCUUCCUAGUCCAUCAUCGUCGCUGAAGGGCACGUACCGUCGAUCCGGAGUACCCCAGACGGGAGUGAGCGACAUUGCAAGACAAGAAGCGGAGGAGCUGGAUGAUGAUGCUUCGACUGUGUAUACCAAUGGAUCGGAGUUGGAUGAUUCAGAUACUCGCGGGCGUACCAUGUUGGAGAAGCCAUCGCUGUCAGACAGGACGAUCGAGACGCUAUCCAAGAUCCCGCCCUCGCCAGCUCCGUCGAGAAGACAGUCCAGUUUCUUCAACGCCACGAGCCCGAUUCGCUCCCCGUCUCGUCCGACCUCCUCCAUGACCAACUACUCGCGAUCCCCAUCGGUGUCGUCAUUCGCUCGCCAACCGAUUGGUAGCGAUCUAUUGUCCUCCCAGCAUCCGUCCACAAUGCGCCUCCCAUCCAGAUCCCGGAUAUCAGCAACUCCGACACUGCCCACGAACAGCACACCAACUGACCAGGACCAAGCAGUAGCAGCUCCUGAAAGCCCCUCAAAAUUGAGGCGACCCUCUACGAGAACGAGUCUGUAUGGUGGAACAAAGAGCACGGAAGCGGCCACCGCGCCAAAGCCACGCCAGUCUCUGAGCAGACCACCCUCCGUGAAACCAGCAGAUUCAAACAUGGCACUCCCGGCGCAGACGUUACAAGUGAAGAAGACACGGAAAGUGCCAUCGAACUCUUCGCUCAAACGCCCACCACAUUCCGCGGACUCAAGAAAGUCGUCGGCCACUUCUACGGCCCCGGACCUGUCAGUGAAGCAACAGUCGGAAAUCGAAACAAGAAAGACCUUGAAAUCAUCGAACGCCCUGAGGGACAGCAUUGCGAAAGCCAAGGCCGCCCGAAAAGCAGCGGCACAGAACGCCACACAAACAACAGCAGCAGCUCCUGCCGACCCAUUCGAUAUCGCCGAUCCUUUCAACCAGCAGCCCAAGGAUUCUAAUCACGGGCUUUUUCGGAAGCGCGUGGAGUCUGCUCGGACCUCUGGUAUUCUGAAUAUUGCGGCCAUGUCUCUGACAGAGAUCCCGCAGGAGGUCAUGACCAUGUACGAGUUCAAUCCUGACUCGUCCACCGAUUGGUACGAAUGCGUGGACCUGGUCAAAUUCAUUGCUGCGGAUAACGAAUUAACGGUGAUUCCGGACGCUGCAUUUCCUGAUGUUGAUCCAGAGAAUGUCGAUUACGAUUCUGAAGAGAAGGGAAUCCAAUUUGGUGGCUUGGAGAUACUCGAUCUCCAUGGUAACCUGCUCCGGUCUCUUCCUAUGGGUUUCAGAAGGCUGCAACAUCUCCAUAGCUUAAAUCUUUCCAACAACCAAUUGACCACAGAUGAUCUACAUGUGGUUUGGGAAAUGGAGUGGCUGCGCGACCUGAAGCUGGCUAAGAAUCAGUUACAGGGUGCUCUCCCUUCUGCCAUUGGCAAACUUCGGGAUCUGGAAGCCUUGGAUUUGCAUGAAAACUCCCUCACGGAGCUUCCCGAAGAGCUUGGAGAAUUAAGUGCUCUGAGAUCGCUGGACAUUGGUCAAAAUGAAAUGGUCACACUGCCGUUUGAGGCUCUUAGUCGAGUUCCUCUGAGGGACAUCCGUGCACCGAAGAACAAGUUGGCAGGAACUUUGAUUCCUGCGACUGUGCAGCAGUUGAGUGCGUUGCAGAACCUGGACGUUGUCAACAAUGCGUUGGAGAAGCUGUCAGACAACGACCAGCUCGAGCUUCCUAGCGUACAGACUCUGUCCUUGAGUGUGAACCGCAUCAAAAGCUUGCCGAAUGUCUCUACCUGGCAGGCACUAUUGUCAUUGCUUAUGGAGGACAACUCUCUGAGCGAGAUUCCACAAGGCUUCAUCGAACUCAACAGUAUCCGUAACGUUGACUUAACGGGAAAUAACAUCCCACGAUUGGAUGAAAAGAUUGGAUUGAUGGACAGUUUGGUGACGUUCCGUAUCGCCAAUAAUCCGAUCCGCGAACGGAAGUUCCUGAGUAUGACCACGGAUGAGAUUAAGCAGGCCCUGCGGAACCGAUGCGAACCAGAAAUCCAAGCAGAUACGGACGACGACGAAGGCUCUGUCGCGACCCAGUUUACUCUUGCUCCAGAAACUCGAGCGGAAACGCCAGCUGAAACUCUAGCUGUGGAUCUACCCGAGAGUCCAGCCCAAACGACAACAGCGAGUGCCACUACGUCUACCACUUCUUGGCAGAUUAGACCGGGAGGAGUUCUUGAUAGAUCCUACACGGAAACGCGGGAAUUGGAGACAGAGCAGCUCGAAGGAAUCGCCAAUUCCCAGGAUAUUCGAUGUCUCUAUCUGCAGCAUAAUGAGCUAUCGAAUUUCCCUGUGCCAGCACUCAAUAUGCUGGCUCACAGUCUGAUUGACCUCGAUUUGUCACACAACCCGCUGAACAGCUUUGCUCUUUUUUCAUCGUCUAUCUCCCUCCCGAAUCUCCAGAACCUGACCCUUACCUCGACCGGCCUCGCCACCAUGGAGCCUAUCUUAACUAACCUUUCGGCCCCACUACUCACCUUUCUAGACGUCUCCAUCAACCGCCUUACCGGCAAUGUUCCCGCGGCUCGCCAGAUGUACCCCAAUCUAAAGACCUUCAUUGCCGCCGAUAACCAGUUCGAUAACCUGGAAUUCGAGGCAGUCCAAGGCCUCCAGGUCUUAGACGUUGGAAACAACAACAUUAACGCUCUUCCACCGAAGGUCGGCUUGCUGAGAGCAGAGGGAUCCAGCAAGAACUGGGGCGGCGGAUCGGCUUUGAGACGAUUUGAGGUCGCUGGCAAUACGUUCCGGGUUCCAAGAUGGCAGACUGUUGCGAAGGGUACGGAUGCGGUUUUGGAGUGGUUAAAGGAUCGGAUUUCGACUGAUGAGCUUCGUGAGUUGGAGUCAGAUGAAGAGGGGGAUUUUGAGGAAUAA